AUGGAAAGAUCAUCAUCCCCCGAGUCGGAUCCCGAAGCGCCGUUCAAUGUGAGCGCGUCGUUGGCUCCCCCGCGGGACAUCAGAACCGCGGGGACCACGAGCACCACAUUUGACGGUCUCCUGCAAGAACCAUUGUUGUUGAAAGAGGACCUUAAGAACGGAUGUGGUGGUCAGCUAUGGCCGGCAGGCAUGAUUUUGUCUAAAUAUCUUCUGUCACAACAUUCGAAGGACAUGACCGGGAAAUCAGUCGUGGAAUUGGGAGCUGGAGGUGGUCUCGUCGGACUGGCGGUUGCUCGUGGGUGUGAAGUUGGCAUGCCCAUCCACAUCACAGACCAAAUACCCAUGUUCGAGCUCAUGAAGGACAAUAUCGCCCUCAACAACCUCGGUUCAGCCGUGGUAGCAUCAAUUUUGGAUUGGGGAGAGCCUGUCCCUAGCCAUAUCCCUUCCAAACCAGAUAUCAUCCUUGCGGCCGACUGCGUCUAUUUCGAACCCGCAUUCCCCCUCCUCAUCGCCACCCUGCAUGAUCUCCUGGGUCCCAACUCUGUGUGCUACUUUUGCUACAAAAGACGUCGGAGAGCAGACUUGCGCUUCAUGAAAAUGGCUAAGAAAGCCUUUGAUGUGCAGGAGAUUCGUGAUGAUCCCAAUGCUGCCUCGUACAGCCGGGAAUCUCUCUACCUCUACACGAUCCGUCUCAAGCCCGCCAAGCAGCCUACCACUCUCACCCAAAUAUCUCCCCCUGCGCAAUCACCGAGAUCAGAAAUAGAAAAAUAA